UUCUGCUUCAACUGUAGGUGGCUGGCCCCGAACAUGGCAAUGUAUCAUUCAUGCACGCUCGCUGAGCAAAGAACACAUCGUUUUACAUCUAAGAGAACAGGCCGCCGCAGUUCAAAGGAAUGCGUAGCGAGCGCUCUACUUUUUCACUCGGAGUUGUCCACCGCGCGCGCGCGCGCUCAAGAUCGCGGAACAACACAGCACCGGAGAAAGGUGAUCGGUACAGCGAGCAGCGUCGCAGGCCUGCAGCCAGGGGAGAUCGUGUAUCAGCGAUCUCGCGUUGCCACGAAAACACGACAGUCGUUCGUCAUGCCUUGGAUAUAACAACAAAUCCUCCACGGCACCCGCUUUAUAUAACGCAAGAAAGCAGCUGCAAGGACACGAGGAUGUGAAAGAGCCAGUGCAGAGGAGCCAAUGCCAAAAAAUCAAAACACAUUGGCAUGCAAUUUGGACAAGAAAACUAGGACAACCCAGGACGUGCAUUUCUCAGCACCCAGUCAACUGCCAGAAGUGACUCGAACACAGGCCACCAGUGGCACUCGGCUGUACCACUGCAGUGCUGUGGAAAUUGCCAGAACCAGCGGCUUUGCAACAGCUGUUUCACAGCAUGUCGGAGACAAUGCCUACGAAAUUAUUGGCCCUGAUGACGAGAGCCCUCAAGGGGCAAACGACAUCUCUGUUGCAGAAGUGAGCCCGAUACCACCUGAAGUUACCAUGACAGGUGGCACGGCAGCAAUAGAUACAGAGACGGCCAUGUCUACUGCAGCUGCAACAGUGUACGAGGCAAGCCGCAGUGUGUCAGCAUCAGCAGCAGUGUCAGAAGGAACCGCACCAGGCCUGGUAGAGCAACAUGUGUGCUAUCACUGUGACUUUUUUUGUAGUGCAUACAACUCAUUUGCUCAACAUACGAAAGCUUUUCACCACGACUGUGAGCCAUUGUUCUUGUGCAUCAAGUGAAAAGUGUGCAACAAGCAUCACUUUAAGAUAUGAAAACAUAUUACUGUUGUUGCCUCCCCAGCCAGCCCACAUAGCGACAACAAUGUGGAACACAUGGUGGGACACACCUCUUCCCCAUUAGAAGAUAGUAGAGACUGUCAGUGUUGUUGUUAAAUUAACUGGUCUUUGUAGGCAACUAGAAGGACAACACAGGUGUCAUAAGAUUGCUGUUUAUGUUGUUGUUGAAGAGGUAAAAAAGAAGUUUGAUGCAGCUGAAGUGCCAACUGAUAUUGAGCAAAUCGAGAACAAGCACCUGAAAAAGCAACACUAUCGAAAUUUGGGUAUCUGUGUGCCGCCAACUCUGGUAAAAAUGGCAUAGGACAGAAGUGUGAUGAAAAUCACAUAGACACUGCUGUUCCAUCACUGGUCACAGUGAGCAGUGACUUGUAGGGCAAGAGAGUCAACUGAAAUGAACAUUAUGGCAUAGUGUCAUGCUCCCAUGUGACCACUUUCCAUGUUAUUUUGCUUGAUACAGCUCAACCUCCAGAAACGAGACUGCAACUUGUCUGUAAAAAGCUUUCACAAAAAAUUAUAACACUAUUAACACAGCAGUAUCUUCUUUUUUUGUGGGUUCGAGGUUCCCGGGUGUCCAUUAAUGCAAAAAUUGCGGAAAAAAAGAUCAUGUGUCGUACUUGCAACUUUUUAACACGUACGAAGGGGACAGAACUUUUCUAGUCAUGCAUCUUCAUCAUACUAUCAAGUUUUUAAAUGCCUUUUAUAAUUAUUAUUACCAGUUAUAUCUGAGUGCAUUGUAUGCAUUUAGCAGGUGUAAAAUCAGGUCAGUUGGAUCACAUGCCUUAUCUGCAAGGGAGCCCUAUAUUCAAGAAAUUUGAAUUAAUAUAGGUACGUUAGAGACGCAGUCUUUCAGCACUUUAUUGCGUGUGGUUUAAGCAUUGCUCAAUACUUUUGUGGAUGGCAGUUUCAACCGGCACAGCACUGCGCUUUGUCACGGUCAUGUAUCUUCAAAGCGGUGUUUACCAUUUGUGUUGAUCUGUUUGUGUAUUCAUAGAGCAAGUUCUUAAUUUAUUUUUUUCCGCAUUCUUGUGCUUGCACUAAGCUUGUAUAAGGCAGUUACAAAAUGGGCGUCACUAUAACGAACUGUUCUGUUGAGCUUACACUUGCAAAUAAUAGUGUUCAGAUGGCCGCACUUCUAUGCAGGUGCACCAAUAGCUUUGUGUAUGUUCUCAUGUUUGUAUAAAUCUUAUAUAAGCUAGUUAGAAAAUGUAUGUCACUAAACAUUGUGAUAUUCUU